CUAGUUCAUCCGAUAGGGCCGCUUAGACCGCCCUCUUGUUUUUACCUUUAAAAAUACAAUAUUUUCAAUAACGCGUCUACGAGCAUCCGAGUGGACUGGUUAAUGAGGCGACGCAAACAAGAUGCCUUCCCGUUUAAGUUUGUGGUUAAGUUGUUAACUUGUUGGUGUGGUGGGUGAAAUGGUCACGAGACAAAUCUUCGAUGAGUGUCCCUUUAAAGGACCCCCCACCAGACUUGCGGAUUGCCAAAAAACAAGCCUGCCCCACCUGGUGCAAGCAGUGUUCAAGGGUGAUGUGGAAGAGGUGGAGGAGCUGCUGGCAGAAGGGGAGGAGGCCAACUACCAGGACGCAGAGCGGCGCAGUGUGCUGCACGCAGCUGCAUUCUGUGGCCUUCACCAGGUCACUGCCCUGCUUCUGGCGCAUGGUGCUCGCGUCAAUGCCAAAGACAACAGAUGGGCCACUCCACUGCAUCGUGCCUGUGCCUCUGGAUACGAGGACGACAACACCCACCAGCUAAAGCCCGAACCUGUAGAUGUAAAGAAAACUGUGGAAGUGUUACUACGACACCAGGCAGACGUGAAUGCACGGGACAAAUUUUGGCAGACUCCACUACAUGUGGCAGCUGCAAAUAAUGCAGUGUCAUGUGCUGAGCUGAUCAUUCCUCUGCAGAAUAAUGUCAACAUCUCAGACCGUGCUGGACGCACCAGCCUUCAUCAUGCUGCCUAUAAUGGGCACACACCGAUGGUGGAACUUCUACUGCAGAACAACGCCACAUGCAACUUCUUUGACAAGCGUGAUCGCCGAGCCAUCCACUGGGCUGCCUACAUGGGCCACACGGAAGUUAUCUCUCUUCUGGUCAGCCAUGGAGCCGAUGUCAACGUGCGAGACAAGGACUACUAUACUCCACUGCACUGUGCGGCAGCCAACGGGCGUCUCAGUGCUUUGCGUCAGCUGCUGACCCUUGGUGCUGACGUGGAUGCACCGAACGGCUGUGGGAACAGUCCCUUGCAUGUGGCAUGUCUCAAUGGCAAGGAGGACAUCGCUGAUGAACUACUUGCUGCUGGCGCCCACAUUUCUGCUGUCAACUGCCGUGGCCAGACACCGCUUCACUAUGCGGCAGCUUCAACACAUGGGGCAGGCUGCCUAGAGGUUCUCCUGCGUCAUCGAGGUGCUGUAGUGAACUGCCCCAGCCAGGAUGGCCGUACCCCAUUGCACAUGGCAGCAAUUCAUGGUCGCUGCAGCCGUGCCCAGACUCUUCUGGAAGCUGGUGCUCAUGUUGAUGCCCAUGACGUGCAGGGUUGCACUGCGCUGCACGUUGCUGCUCGUCAUGGACACGACCUGUUGCUCGGGGGACUGCUGCUGGCUGGAGCUGCCUGUGACACUCAUGGCUGCUCGGGAAUGACACCACUGCACAUGGCUGCCUUGGGUGGAUACACCGACUGCUGCCGCAAGCUUCUCCAUGCUGGUGCAAAGAUUGAUGCUAGAGACGACCAGGGGCGAACCGCUUUACAUUUUGCUGCGUAUGGCGGCAAUCAAGAAACCCUGGAGUUGCUCAUUAGUCAAGGCGCUGACUGUCUUGCCUGUGAUAGCUUCGGAAGGCUUCCCCUGCACUACAGUGCUGGAGGUGGGCCUGAGCAGCAGCAGCAGGGCGGUGGCUGCCUGAGCGCCCUGCUUGCACUUGGCUCAGACGUCGACCGGGCAGAUGGCGAGGGACGCACGGCACUGCUGGUGGCAUCAGCAUCUGGCGACCCCGAAGGGCGGUCCCUGACCCUCCUGCUCGAGCAAGGGGCCCAGCCUGCGACACAGGACAGCAGGGGCUUCGGGGCCUUGCACCACCUUGCCGCUGCAGGACACUUGACCCCACUUACAACUCUUUUAUCUGUGAUGAAUGCUGAAGAAGUCAGAAGAACAAAGUCUCACAGUGGGCUUUCACCUCUUCAUCUUGCGGCGGUGGGUGGACACAGCGAUUGUCUCCAAGCGUUGCUGUCAGUCGGAUGCAUGGAAGACAUGCUGGAGUGUGCCGAAGAAGAGCAGGGCUGGAGCCCACUGGCCCUGAGUGCCCUGUUGGGUCGAACUCAGUGCCUGCGCUUGUUGCUGCUGCAUGGAGCCCAGCCGCUGGGGAGCAACCCUCGCACUGGGGCAACCCCGGUUCAUGCUGCUGCCGCCUCAGGUCAGACAGAGUGCCUUGAGAUCCUUCUUCAUAGUGCCAAAGGAUCUGAUGCCGCCAACACAAGAGACGCUAGCAACAGGACUCCUCUGAUGCUGGCUGUCUUGAAGGGUCACACUGACUGUGUGGAGCUACUGCUGAGACAUGGUGCUGCUGUAGAUGCUGAAGACAUGUCCCGGAGGACAGCCCUGUUUUACGGAGCUUUUGGAGGCAGUGAGGAAUGCAUGCGCAAGCUGCUGAAGGAGGGUGCAACUGUCUUGUUGCGUGACAACAUGGGCAAGACCCCACUGCACCUAGCAGCAGCAGUGGGCAAUGGCGCUGUCCUGUCGAUGCUGCUACGCCAUGGCCCUGAUGGGGAAGGCCCUGACCGACUUGCCGAUCUCCGGGGUUUUACUCCCAUCCACUGGGCAUGCUAUGGAGGUCAUGGCCCAUGUCUUGGCAUGCUCCUGGAACACACUCGAACAAAUACAUUUUAUGGGAACUCCUUCAGUCCGCUUCAUUGUGCAGCAUUCCAUGGAAGUGAGUUUUGUAUAGAAUUGUUGCUCAAUCAUUUUGGGAAGAAGUUAGUGCAAUUACGGGACAAAAAGCAAAGGACUGCACUCCAUGCGGCUGCAUGCGACGACAGCGUAUUGUGCCUGCAGACCCUGGUCAAGGAAGGUGCUGACAUCAAUGCCGCUGACUGUAGGGGUCAAACGCCACUCAUGAUGGCUGCUGCCCAUGGGAGCUGCAAGUCCAUAGAGGCCUUAUUGGAGCUGAAUGCAGACAUCCUUGUUCAAGACAGCAAGGGUAAUAGUGCUCUUCAUCACGCUUGCUUGCAGAAACAAGAAGGCGCAGUGGCCACUCUAUUGGAGAAAGCAGAUUUUGUGAAGCUCAUCAAUAUGAUCAACGAUGACAUGAAAACAGCUCUUCAUGUUGCUGCAAGCAAUGGCCUGAUCGAUGCAACUCAGGCGCUACUCCUGAAAGGUGCUGACGUGCUUGCCACAGAUGUCAACGGCCACACACCUGCCCUCUCCUGUGCCAGGAGCAACGAAGUAGCCGAGUGCCUUGCUCUUAUCCUGGCCGUGAUGCCUUCAUCGAGCCCUUUCCGGAUGGAUGGUUUCUCACGUGUGAGCAGCCUCUACCGACAGGGGGGCCAUCUCUCGGAGCUGUUUAGCGACCAAGCCAACCACCACACAGGGGCACGACCAUCCUCUGCCGACAGCCGCGAUUGUUCCGAGCCCUGUCAGAGCUCUGACUCGGAGUACUACUGACGGUUGCUGCUGCCCGCACUGCUCCUCAUCAGCGGCUAUGGUCCGAGCAAGGAGGUCACUGGGGCCCUUGCUUAAGCGGCCAGUAUCGCUGUUGGGGUUGUGGCGCUGGGCGGCAGGAUGUUUCUCUUGACAGCCCUUGGCCAAGUCAAGGUUUUCUUGUUCCGUUACUGCUCAGGUCGCUCUCUUUGUUUUGCCUGCGACCGACCUUCGCUAAAUAUGGUGCCAUGAUACAUAGGUGGGCCUUCUCACCCUUGGAAGUGCCACUGAAAAUGCGUUUUGCAUGCGACUCCAACCCAAAGUGGGGGACAGACAGUCAGUGUUGCAGCAUUUUUCGUUGUUCAGUCCUUGUUCCUUGCAUGAGCCUGGCAAUCACGCAUGCAAGGUGCUGUGAAACUACACUGAAAUAUGGGCUCGGCAUGCUGGGAGCCACGCAGUUUGUUCCCCUUUGCUACAACCACCAAGAGAGAGCUUGAUUUUUUUUUAUGACACAUGAUGCGUUCAGCUUCUAAAAGCACUCUGAUUGCUCUCAAAGGUACAUGACUAAUUGAUCUGCCACGUAUCUUGAAGAUGUAGAUGCUUAUUUUUAUGAACUGCUCAAUGCAGAUGAGUAUGCACGCACAUUACUUUUUUUUUAAUCUCCUUUGGCUUUCAUUAGUUCCCUGUGCACUAAGGAGCCUUCAGCUAUUGUUAGCUGUAGUUUACUGAUGAAUGGAAGGCUUUUUCCACUUUAGUUCAGAAAAGCAAGUUGUUGACGUACUUGCUUCUUCACUGUGACCCUUAUCUUGGCAUUCUCAAUUUGGUGGUUUGAGUUUGUACUUGUCAGUUAUGUUUCGCUAAAACCUCACGCUGUUGCAUGUAUCUGCCAGAUUUAGUUUCACCAGGAUUUGCUGGCAGCCGAAAACAUUAGCUUGCUUUCAGGAUUUUGUCACUGUUGAUAAGGACACCGGACCUCGUAGUUGCGACAAUCCUGUCUUAACUACACGUGUCAUCCUUAAAACUGAAGCAGCAGGCGGCAAAAGUACUCUUUCUGCCGUCCAAAGUGAGCCUAGACUGCACCUACUGUUGCCGCCGCCUUUGCCGCUGCCUCCAUUGUCUCUCAAGUAGUGGGAGGUGUGAUAAUGCAUUCCACCGCAAACGGGUUCUUUGGUGGUCGCAUUACCUACAUUCGCUGAAGUGACAUUUUGUGCCAGUGCAGCUCUAUUGAAGUACUCCAACAGUUGAUAAGAAAUUGCCGUUUUGGCUCUGUCACUGGACCUGUGAGUGCGUGUUUAUCAAGAGAAAAUAGCAUGUACAGAGUCAGCUGAAGGCACUGCUCAUGACCUUUUAACUUUGCCUUUCAAUUUUUGGUUCAGUUGAACCUUUUUGCUUGUCGACAACUAGUCCCUGUGUGUAAUCUGAAGUGUGCCUCCCCCCCUUGUAGGUUUAUAGGGGAAGAAUGUGCAAAUGCGAUAGCAUAGCUGAAGUUAGCCAUAGCAUUGGUGUUGGCAGUUUCAAGUUAUGCUGCUUUUCAAGAAACAAAUUGGAGUGGUUUUCUUGAUACAAUGUUGUGUGUAUGUUCAAGGAAUAGCUAUGUAAUGUCAAAUUCUUAGCUGUCCAUAAGGUCCUAUGCCUGCUUUUUCUUUUUUUUCUUUUAGUUGCCAUGCUACCAGCUGCAUUUAAGUGUAGCAGUGGCUGUCAGGGCUGAUAUGGCAAUGAAGUUGCACUGUGUUGCGUAUUAUUGCUCUGCAGACUUCCCAGGUUAUUUUGUUCAGUAACUGCCUAUGCCAUCAGUGGUGUCUAGUAUGUGUGCAGUGCUUGCUGGCUAGAGGUUUUACCAUAUUUACACGCGAAUUGGAGAGAUUUAUGUUUUGCGCGACUGUGUAAUAAAACUGUCUUGUAUUAA